CGCUAUGGCGGUCGUGGCAUGCAGAGCACAUGCACGCCUGUGUUGUGGUACUAUGAGUGUCUCGCGCAUAUAGAUCGGAAAAGUUAACACCUAAUGUUUUCUUCCUGUAGUGUUAUGUGUUUUAUUGCUUGCAGGGUAUGGGGUCAAUAACGAAAAUGAUCCGCCACGUUCUCCGUCGUCGGUGUCGGGUGAUGCUUGGUCAUGAGUUGCAAUCUUCGUUGCUUAGUAGCCACCGUUUGUCACACCGACGUGCGCUAUGCUCCAAGCAACCAGAAUGUCGUCAAGCCUACAGUACAAACAACAGAUCGAUUGUUUUGGGAAUUGAGACAAGUUGCGAUGACACAGCUGUUGGUAUCGUCGACGACGAGGGAAGCAUCCUCGGCGAAUCAGCCCACUCUCAGCUGGCAAAGCACAUUGAGUAUGGCGGCAUCAUUCCUCCCAUUGCACGAGACAUGCAUGCGGAAAACAUUGCCCAAGUUGCUCAAGAUGCUCUUAAGCAAUGUCCUGUUCCAUUAGAGGCGAUGACAGCCAUUGCAGUAACAACGCGCCCCGGCAUGGCUCUUUCAUUGCGUGUGGGCUUCGACUUUGCUUGCAACCUGGCCCGCAAGUAUGGCAAGCCACUUGUCCCUGUCCACCACAUGGAGGCUCAUGCAACGGCUGUUCGGCUGCAGAACAAGGUGGAGUUUCCCUACCUCGUGCUACUAGUGUCUGGUGGCCACUGCCAGCUGGCCGUGGUGCGUGCUAUCGAUGAUUUUUUGCUGUUGGGGCAAACCAUUGAUGAUGCUCCAGGAGAGGCCUUGGACAAGGUGGCCCGUCGAUUGAAGGUACACAACUUGCCUGAAUGCCGUCUCCUCAGUGGAGGGGCAGCGAUUGAGCUGCUGGCCCGUGGGGCCAACCCUCAUGCCUUCCCAUUCCCCGAGCCGAUGAUGGAUUACCGCAGCUGCGACUUCUCUUUUGCGGGCCUGAAGAACUCUGUUUAUAGGGAAAUCCUGCGUCUGGAGAAGCAACAUGGUAUCGAAGCAGAUGCCCUGGUCCCUGAAGUGCGCGAUGUAUGCGCAUCAGCGCAGCGAGUUGUGGUGCAGCAUUUGGUUCGGCGCACCCAGAGGGCGCUAGAGUUCUGUUCACGGCAGGGCCUGCUGCCUCCACUGGCUUCCGACGAACUGAGACAAGAAAGGGUGGCCCCAACCGUCGUGGUUGCAGGUGGUGUGGCAUGCAACGGUGUGCUCAGAGACGCACUGGCACAGCUGUGUGACCAUCUGGGGGCCAGGUUUGUGGCCACACCUGCCAGGCUGUGCUCAGACAAUGGCCUCAUGGUUGCCUGGAAUGGGCUGGAACUGCACGCAGCUUCGCCAGAAUCGGCUGUUGAGGAUCUCGGUUCACUUAGGGUUGAGCCGAGGUGUCCACUGGGAACAGAUAUUUCACAGUCAGUUGCCAAAGCAUCCAUCAAGCUGCAGAAGAUUAAGCUGAAAUUUGAUUGAACCAAUUGCAAACGUUACUUUGUUCAUAAAGAAAGAAAAGAAGAAAGAGAGAGAAAUUUGGAGGCCAGAAUCACAACCGAGGCUACAUUUAGGCAAAGUAUGCUUAGGCAUAUAUCAAGAUGCUGGAGCAGAGGUCUCCCAUUUAAUUUUGACCACUAUGAGUGGUCAGAUUUAACCAGGGAGAGUAAAUGUCCCUUUAUGCAACCCCUAGGUAGAUGACCUAACUUCGACCACCCCAGGUGGUCAAAAUUAGGUCAGAGUUCUUUAACAUGCUUUGAAAUCUCGAUACCUGGGCAUUGUUGCACUCUGGCCUCAUUAGAAUGAGGCUGCAGUAACUGAAAAUCAAACCCAAAGCCUUGUGCUGAGCAACAGAAUGCUGGUAUAGCCACCAAGCUGCUCCGGUCGGUAUUUUCAUGAUGUUCGUGCCCUCCGCCCACUAACUGGCUGGCCACUGAAGUAUAGUGAUUAACUAAUUUCCAAACUUGGCUAUGGUGUUGGGCUUCUAAGCACGAGGUCUCGGGAUUGUAUCCCAGGCAUGGCAGCCGCAUUUCGAUGCAGGCGAAAUGCGAAAACACCCAUGUACUUAGAUUUAGGUGCACUUUAAAGAGCCUCAGGUGGUCCAAAUUUUCGGAGUCCCCCACCGCAGCAUGCCUCAUAAUCAGAUCGUGGUUUUGGCAUGUAAAACCCCCUAAUUUAGUUUAAAUUUUUUUUUUAAUUUGAAACUAAUGUAUAUAUUUCAUGGUUUGCUUAUACCAGCAGAAGUAUGGAAAGAUAAAGAUGGCAAACGCAAGCAACUACAGCUCUUCCAGAACUGUCAUAAGUUCUGCUUAUUCAAGACUGGAGAUACUCAUGGUGUUCCUAUUCGUUCUUGAAUAAGCAAGCAGUUUUGACUUGCACACAUGUCCAGUGUCUGCUUUCUGUUUUGAUCAAGACAACAAUUCGGCAUCUUGUGUGGUUGUGAUUGUAUUUUUCUGCUGUAUGUAUACUGCGGUCAAUUGUUUCAAGCAAGAAAUGUUUGUAAGAAGUGAAGAGACAUUGCUACUUGCUACAGUGGCUAUGGUAUUGUGUUGCUGAGCACGAAACGUUGUGGGUUCAAUCUUGGCCUUGGUGACCACAUUCCAAUGGAGGUGGAAUGCAAAAACGCUGGUAACCAUGCAUUGGGUGCAUUUAAAAAAAAAACCCAGUCGGUCAAAAUUAAUCCAGAGCCCUCCAUUACACCGUCUUUCAUAACCCACUUUGCAGUUUCAAGACAUUCAAGCCCACAAUUUAAUUUUAAGACAAUGCUCAUUGUAGGAUUGUGUUUAUCUGAACGCACUCAUGUGCUUCAUGGUCAGAAACGUAGGUCGAGAAGGACAUGCAGUGGGGCAGUAAGAGUACUUUGUAAAUACACAAAGUCCAAACAAGAACCGGUGCGCGAGGAGCUGCAUUUAAGAGCUACAAAUUCCAUGCUGAGGGCUUCUUGUACAGAGUUCUUGUAACCAGGCAUUACGGGGUUUCUUCGUGUUUCUGUUGAAAUCCCCCGUAUAGGGGCACAUUGUGUUGAAGAACAAAGCUAUGUGCCAAAAAGUCUGUAAUCUUCACAUGUUGAACACCUGGUGACACAUACGCUGAGGCAACUGCAACACCCUUGGAGUUAGGCACUGUGUGCAUGGCGGCAAAGUCUACGUCUGUUGCCCCUACGAGUUUCAAUGGCACACACUCAUUUCCUCGUUUGUAUACAGUCGACUCUCGUUACAAUAGAUCCUGAUAAUCCGACAAAAGCUGUCCAUUUUAUCCGAAGUCCUUAAUGUCCGAAACGCCUCUCUUCCAAAACUUUCAUCACAAUGUCUAACAAUGUUAUUGCAAACAGUAUGUGACGAACAUCCAAAGUAAAGAACAAAUAAAAAAGUCACAGUUUCGCUUGAGAUAGCAAAUUAAGCAAGAUAAACGUGGCAGCAGCAGCGAGUGAAUUGACUUUCAUGCUGUCUCUCGCUUCAAUGCGAACUAAACGUCGAAAGUACAGCGCAUACGAAGCUACCAGCACUGGUGGCACUUCGUCCACAUCGCAGAUUGCUUUGAAAAUGAGGCCAGCGCGGGCACACACUUUGUUUGCAUCAUAGAUUACUUUCAAGAUACGGCACCCGCAGGGGCACACACUUUGUCCACAUAGCAGAUAGUUUUCAAUAUACAGCAUCCAUGCAGCCGAGCACUUUGUCCACGUCACAUAUUGCUUUCAAGAUACGGCGGCCGCACCAUAAGCAGCAGCUGCAGGAGUAAAACUUCGUCUUCCUGUGGCACAACAGUCGAACUUGAGCCGCAGCCACAGCUGGCUUGUCUACCUCAGUGUGGGCGAGGUUCCCAACUGCACCAUUGACCAGCCCGUCUAUUACGUCUAUGUUGCCACUUAUCAUAUACAGCGAAGCUCCCGGGCCUAAUUUUCGUCUGCUUGCACGUGAGAGUCCAUGGAGGAAGGAAAACGUUAGGAGGGAGCAUACCGCAACGCGAUUGAAGCCAACCUGGUGGCCCUACAUGUGACUGCACGUCAAAGUGCGCAGUUGGUUUUAGUGUCCCCACUCUGCAGGCAGAGUCACGGCAGGGCAGCCGAACAAAUGUGCACCGAAUAAAAACUACUGGCGUAGCCUCCUAUAUAACAGUGCCUGCUGGAUAUACAGGAAGCUAUGCUACUGGGAGCCAAACGUCUCAGCAAAUCUCGAUUCUUGCUCAGUGAUCUCGACGCAAGAGGUCACGUGUUGGGCCACCAUUGUGGCUUCACGAAGCGGUCGUUUGCCAAGCCUGGCUGCGUCACGUAAUGCUCCCUCCUAUAUUUUUCCUUCCUCCAUGUGAAAGUCUGUGUGGCAAAGCUCCCGGGCCUCAUUUUCGGCUGCUUGCAUACGAGAAUUUUUGCAGCGAAGCUGUGGGGCUGCAUUUUCGACUGAGCACAUGUGAAGUUGCUUGUGGGGAAACUGUCGUGCCCGAUUUUCACCAGCAUGCAUUAGAGGGUCUUCGCAGCAAAGUCUUUUUGCAUUGUUUUUUUUAGAAUGAGCUGAAUUGUCUGCCCAGGAUUGACCUGUGGCUUGUGCUGUCCUCUGCAGCUGAGCCUGAUGUUGCCUGGUUGCAGCCGCGCACAUAGCUCUACAAGUCGCUUCUUCAACAGCGAUUUGUACUUUGAUAGAAGGCCCCAUAACGCGUCGCAGAGGUAACACAGGUAGCGAGACUACGCCAUGUACAUGUCACACAUAUACUUUGAUACGUCACAAUACGAUGCAAGGGGAAACUGGAGGGUCCAAACACUCAGCCUGCAGGAACACUAACAAGAACGGACUGUUUAAUACCACAUAAUAGUCACUUCUUCUUGUUCGCUAUGUUUCUUCUAAAUGGUGACAUGUCUUUUCGUCAUUGUCCUUGCUGCACUACAGAUGCGGAAUUUUCCUCCCUUUCAAAGGAUGCAUCACCCCAACGUGAAAGUUAAACGUGGGCAUGCGCAAAACAUUAAAAUGAGAAUCACUUGGAUAAGCAUAUGGCUUUAUAUGCACCACAAAAAAAUUUCACCGACGAUUAUGAAGCUCCCUAAUGCACAUUUUGAGCACAGCUGCUUAGGUGCUUAAGUUCGCGAUAUAUUGUGGCAAAGAAUUUGAUUCUGAAUGACAGGGUGCACUUGGCGGCGGCGCUGAGCCUCUGCUCGGGCAGCUUGUUUAGCAGCAGCGACAUUUCGAUCGCUUGCAUCGCUCAUUGUUCAGAAAGUGAACGGGAACACAAGAACUCAUGGCUCGGGCGGAUCCGUGGUGGCGCGCAUUCUCAAGCGGCAGUGCCGCCACAGGCGAACUAGCGCAUGCGCUGUGGGUCCAAACCCCACGCCAGCACCUUCUCUCCGCACUCACCGCAUGCCUGGUGGCCGCCGGCAGUGUGCUUUCCCCCUCACCCUUUUGCCAUACACUCCCUCGCUGUAUCAUGCUUCCGCUGCACCCUCCUCCCCGAUUUCCUCCUCGUGCCUCUUUGCUCUCGCCGCUUUUUUUCAACCCUGCUGUGCACCAUGUUUGCUCUCAUCUUUCGCUGUGAUUGUUUGUUUGGUUAUGCCAAGGAAUGAUGCUGACGGUCACCACAGGAGUGGGCACGCUGCACUCUGAUAUUUCACUGCAACACAAAGUGAACACGUAUCGAUGCUAUGCGGCAUGCUAGGCUAUAGAGGAAGAAAUUGUCUUUCUCUAUGCGAUAGCUGCGACGGACACUAUCGCCAAUCGAAAUGGCAUUGGAAUGAGCCCGUAACUUACGCUGUAAAAUAGGCAACAUAUUGGAGUAGGUGUUCGCUGGGCUUGCAUCUGUCUGAUGGCCUUCACUGGAAGCUGUGUUAUGUAUUUGUAUGUAUUGUAUGUGUAUAUUGUAUUGUUAUGUAUAUGUAUUUUGAGAAGCAUGUGGUGGCACAUGUGCUCCUGAACUUAGUUGCUUCACGAUGCUGGUAGUCUGCCGUCAUUGCUAUCUAAAUAUUUAUUUUUUUUCGUGAAAAAACUACAUCGUUGCCCUUGGCGUUCUUUAUGAGGUGAAGUUCAGCAUUGCUGGUGUGGUAUUUUCAUACACUUAUAGCACAAAACCACAAAGCUUCACGAUAGGAAAAAGAUUGUGGUUCACUUGAAAGCAGCAGGAAGUUAAAAGGAAACACAUGCAGGUUUUAGAGCAUCGGCGUUGUCCCUUGUAACCGAGCAAACGAGCGAAUGAUGCAAUACAGCGAUAGCGAAGAGAACGUGUGCAGGAAAGAGGGAAAGGAGGGUGCAGCGGAACCAUGAGGCAGAAAGCGAAGGAGUAGGGUAUGGCGAAAGUGUGGGAAGAAAAGUGCAAUGCCCUGCAUGACGUGUUUUGCAGCAACGAUGGCUACAAGAUGGCAUCAGACCAGUGCACGUCGUCUGUGUAGAAACAAAACGCUGCAUGAGCGGAGUUCUGUUUGCGGCGGCUGCUUUGAAUCGCACCCAUGCGUCACCCAUGCACUGCCUCUUACGAUCUCCUGAUUAGCGAGGCAGUCGUGCCACACUCUGCUCCAUUUGCAAUGUGCCGCAUGAGACAGAUUGUCUGUACCAGCCAGCAUAUUGUGAAAUGAAAACACAUAUAGAGCUGCACUCUAAUUUCACAUUAGGGAGUAUUGUAAUCAUCUGUGAAUUUUUUUCAGGAAGGAAAUUUUGCAGCUGGAAGAAAAAUGUGACUUGUUUGGGAACCGAAUCCAGGAAUAAUGCCCAUCUGGGGCAGUCACUCUAUCUCAGCUGAUCAGGAGGGCAGCAGAUUUUGACAACUUGAAGUGCAUGGGCACUAAAUAUGGCAAAUCAGUUCCGUGGAAAUCUGCAAGGUGAAGGAAUUAUUCAUGAACAAGCGUCGUCUGCCUGAAAGUAGCUCUGUGUGGAUUUCUACAGAAUCGAUUGGUUCCAAUAAGCCGUUUCAUCUCAUUAUUAAAAGUUAGUGCUUGUGUUGUGUUUA